UGACCUUGACUCAAUCGUACUCGCUUGCGCACGACGUCUGUUGAAAGUCUGCAGUCGCAGACGACCUGUAGGGCUAGCGGCGAUACCUCCAACUGACACCUUCCCGUUGUUCAUUACUGAAUUAUUGCGGAUAUGGAUGUAUCAUCAUGGUCCAAGGGCAUGAACCACACCGUCAGUGUCGAUGAACCGGGUAUUGACCUGCCGCACCUCACGUUGCAGACGGUCAUCGGGAUCACGGUAGCCGUCGCGGGGAACGUGGUUAUCUCGCUUGCGCUAAAUUUACAAAAGCUUGCACAUCUCCGACUCGCAAAGGAACGAAAACAAGCGAGGAUGGAACGCGAGCUCCAUGUAUCGGGUGAUGCGUUACGUUCUAGGUUACCACACGAUCAGAGGCCUUCUGACGAUCCCGCUACCUGCUCUCAUGAGUCCGAGACCCAGCCCUUGAUUCAGGGCUCUUCCACCAGUCGAUCACGUGCGUGUUAUGGCACUAGUGCCUCAACCGGGACUAGACGUGAUGAUUCGAGGAGCAGGAAGAGCACCUCUUCAAUGCGCGGACGGAGACCAGGACAGCCUCAAAGGAAACCCAGCUUUGCGUCACGUUUUCUGCCACUCCGUCUCAAUCUGCACGGUGGCGUCAAUGAUGAAUACGGCAACGUAUCGCAUACCCAAGAAACGUUGGCGAUUCCAGUGGUUCCAGUGGACGUAAUCCCAGCAGAGCGCAUAGUUGCAUUCAACGGCAAUCAUAGGCCAGAGUUUCCCUCACCUGAGAUAUGGGAAGAAGAAGGUAGGGAGAGUGACUACCUGCGUUCGAAGAUAUGGUGGUCUGGAUUCGUCUUAAUGAACAUUGGAGAGACGGGCAACUUCAUAUCGUAUGCAUUUGCACCGGCGUCUGUGGUCGCUCCUCUAGGCACUGUAGGUGCAUUCUAUCAGUUAUUUCUAUUUUUAUUGAUCAGUACCCCGCAGUUUGCACUCAUUGCGAACUGCUUCUUCGCUCCACUCAUAUUGAAGGAGCGUUUUCGCGUGCAUGAUCUUGCUGGUAUCUUACUUGCAAUCGUAGGAGCGAUCACAGUCGUUCUUUCAACCCCGUCCUCUGAUGAUGGUCCACCGCCACUUACACCAGAUGCGCUGAUCAUUGCUAUAUCACAACGCUCGUUUGUAAUAUUUACUAUCAUAUACCUUGUAGGGGCUGUGAUUCUAGCCGGACUUAGCGAAGGUAGUCUCGGGAGGCGUGUUGCGGUUGUUGAUAUUGGGCUUUGCGCAAUAUUUGGUGGAUUCACGGUUCUAGCAACUAAGGCUAUCUCCACGUUGCUGACGGAGGAAUGGGCCGAAAUAUUUACGGAGUGGAUAACCUAUCCCGUCCUUCGCGUUAUAUGCACUGAUCCUCCACUUCAGAUUCUAAUCAUCACAGGAAUUCUCCAAAUCCGGUUUUUGAAUCGUGCGCUAAAGCGUUUUGACUCCAAAAUCGUCAUACCUACGCAAUUUGUGCUGUUUACGCUGUCUGCCGUCAUCGGAUCUGCCGUUCUUUACAAGGACUUUCAGCGGGCUACAUUCCACCAGAUGGUCACAUUUACGUAUGGAUGUGGUGCAACAUUCGCAGGGGUGUUCAUCAUAGCGUGGGCUAAUGGCAAUAACGGCGAUGUGGGACAGGCCACCAAUGAUAAUAGCAGGCAAACAGGCGGCACAGGCGAGAUAAACGCACCGAGUGAAAACGUGCAACGCGUUCCUGUGGGCUCGUUGAAUGCACGAAGUCGCCCAGCUCUCGUCAUACCAAGGGCUGUGCGUGAGACGCCGGUCCUCAGGCACAAGCAAAGCACGGUGAGCUUGGCAGGGUAUUCUCCUGCACGAAAUCUGCUACUUGUGCAUACCCCGCCGAGAGAUCGCGCAGAUUAUUGGGAUCGAGACGUGGAGGGUGGAAGCAUUGCUGGGAGUAGCCGAUGACAUAUUUACAAGUGGAAAUUCAUGAAAAUACAUGCACAUUCAUUAAUGAUAUAGUUCAGUUCUUUGGAAAUAUAAA